ACGUAAAAGCAUGGUAAAAGUGUCUUAUGCAAUGCAACACUGUACCAAGUUUUCAAAAAGCAGACGACGUUUCAAGCCGACUGUUGUGAAUUUGUGGUCGUCUUCCCUUCCGUACAUGUUUCUAAAAAGUAAAAAGAAGCAAAUCUCUAUUUUACCCUGUACAAGUUAUUUUUAAAACUUGUCUUCAUCCAGAUAAUUUGAUCAAAGUGAAUGUGCAUCUUUCUAAACUGAUCCAAACUGGUGCCUGGAAAACGUAACCACUUUUGACAGACCAUGGACGAAUCAACAACUUCUCCUGCUGGGUUCUCUCCUUACGAGAUGGAUUCCUUAAUGAAAUAUUUUGUCGGAAAUAACUGUAAAUAUCGAGAACAAAUCAUCAUCCCCAGGACAGUCGGUCCAAUUCACAUCAAAAGUAUUGAUGAGAAACGCGUAGAAGCAGCCUUCGAGUCAUGUGCUUUUAAAUCACUUGUAGCAAGUGUAAUGGGUUAUGGGUUGGGGGCUGCAUUGGGAUUGUUCAGUGCCAGUGUGAGUCCUAAUAUCACCGCCCCUGAUGCACCUCAACAGACAGCCAAAGAAAUCUUCAGAGAUUUGAAGUUUUCUACACUUAGCUAUGCCAAAAAUUUUGCUCUUGUUGGUCUUAUGUUUUCUGCAGUUGAGUGCACCAUUGAAUCUUAUCGCGGGAAAGCAGAUUGGAAGAAUGGAACCUAUGCUGGUGGAAUUACUGGAGGGCUGAUUGGUCUUAGAGCUGGACUUAAACCUGGAAUUGUAGGGGCACUAGGAUUUGCAGCAUUCUCUACUGCAAUAGACUACUACAUGAGACACUGACAAUACAGACAAAUAGUUGAAAUACAGUUUAUUACAAAUA